UGGAGUCACAAUGGCCGCGCCCUGGAGCCCCUCUUGGAGCAAGGGUUGGUCACUGUUCUCUCCUAACGUUCCUGGCUGCCGCGUGCCAGGCCGGAGGAGGCCAUGGACGGAGAGGAGAAGCAGCAACAGCAUAAAAUAGAAGAUGCUGGUAUAGCAUGCAUAACUGAAAAAAAAGAAGAAAUCAAACAUGAAAAAAAUCCUGGAAAAAUCACACAACACUCAAAACUUUGUGUGGACAGAAGACGUGUGAACUAUGCUAAAUUCAUUAACACAAAUGCAAGAACAUACAAUGAACCAGUUCCCUACAUUGAGAAUAAAGGGCCAGCAAAGCAGAGAAAAUGGUGGUUACAUAGUGAAGCAGGAGAACCUGUCUCCCAACCAUCUUAUGACACCAACAGCACCCAGAGGAGUGAUUUUCAAAAGCCAGCAUGCCCGCUGGUUUUGCCAGUCAAACACAACAGGAUGCGAAAACCUUCUUGUGGAAUAGUUCCACUUACCUGUCUGAGUUCAUCAGCAGAACAUGAAAAAAAAUUUGUAGAAUACAUCUCCUUUAUACAUCAAUAUGAUUCCAGGAAAACUCCCAAUGAGCCCAUCCGGGGAAAGAGAUAUGGAACCUUUGUGCAGAGAGAGAUAAAGCCACAGACUACACCAAUAAUUCCUAAGGGACCAGAUGUAUUACUAAACGCUCUAGGGUCAUGUUCAUCAGGACAGCCCCAAAAUACAGAAAAAGAAAACUCAUCAGGAGAUAGAAUGACCUCACCAGGCCUGUGCUGACAGAAUUCCCAAGAACUGCUGCAGACCUAAAACAGCUUAUCAGAAACAGAAGGCAGUCCAGCCCAGCAGGCCCAGGGCCUGGGGUGCGGGCAAGCUCUUCUCACCAGGCAUGGGCCUUUGAGCCCGCUAAUAAUAAAGUCAGGGUAAGUGAGGACAAA